AUGUUUAUAGCAAUUUGAUUUUCCAGACACCAAGAUGAUUAUCAGCUUGUUAGGAAAUUAGGCCGUGGGAAAUAUUCAGAAGUGUUUGAGGCUGUAAACAUUAACAACAAUGAAAAAUGUGUUGUCAAGAUCCUCAAGCCAGUCAAGAAAAAGAAGAUCAAACGUGAGAUUAAGAUCUUGGAAAAUCUUCGAGGAGGGACCAACAUUAUCACACUCCAGGCAGUCGUAAAGGAUCCUGUCUCACGUACUCCUGCAUUAGUGUUUGAACAUGUUAACAACACAGACUUCAAGCAACUUUAUCAGACGCUCAAUGAUUAUGAUAUUAGAUACUACUUGUAUGAGCUUCUUAAGGCAUUAGAUUACUGUCACAGUAUGGGAAUUAUGCAUCGAGAUGUCAAACCUCACAAUGUCAUGAUAGACCACGAGAACAGGAAACUACGCCUCAUUGAUUGGGGUUUGGCAGAAUUCUAUCACCCGGGCCAAGAAUACAAUGUCCGGGUGGCAUCCAGAUACUUCAAGGGCCCUGAACUUCUUGUAGAUUAUCAGAUGUAUGAUUAUUCCUUGGACAUGUGGUCUCUGGGCUGCAUGCUAGCGAGUAUGAUCUUCCGCAAGGAGCCAUUUUUCCACGGGCAUGACAAUUAUGACCAAUUGGUGCGCAUCGCAAAGGUCUUGGGGACUGAAGAACUUUAUGAAUAUGUUGAGAAAUAUCAAAUUGAGCUAGAUCCUAGGUUCAAUGACAUUCUGGGAAGGCAUUCCCGGAAACGGUGGGAAAGGUUUGUCCAUAGUGAAAAUCAGCAUCUAGUUUCUCCUGAAGCACUAGACUUUUUGGACAAAUUACUGCGUUACGAUCACCAAGAGCGCCUGACAGCCCACGAAGCCAUGGAACACCCAUACUUCUACCCUAUUGUUAAGGAACAGGGCCGACAAAUGAACUCGCCCACGCCUGCCCCACCUGGUGCCCCUCUAGCUGGAGUUCCUGAAUAGAUGUGGUGUGUAACACAUUGUUGGUUCAUAUAUUCUCUAGAUCCUCCAAAGAAAACCUUGGACAUGGAUUUAAUUUUGAUAGAUAUUUGUACUCUUACCAAAUCCCAUCAACCAUAUUACCUAGUCAGCUGCUGGUGACUGGAGGUUACGAAAUUUAACAAAAUUAAAAAGGAUGUGUAAGAAAUUUACAGGCCAAAUGUACAAUGCAAUGUCUUCUUUUUUUCUAUUUUAACCUGGCCUUUUAGUUCAGCUUCAAAAAAGAAAAAAAAGAAAUGCUGCAGUCUUCUAUUCAAGGACAAGUCAGAUCCAAUGAAUACUGCACACUUAUUUUGUUUAUUAGUUUCUUUUCACUCCUUCAGAUAAAGAGGUAAAGUAUCUACCAACCCAGUGGAACAAACAUUACCCCCAGCCUUAUGUGGAAGUGACUUGGUUGCUGGGCCCUUGCAGCUGAUGCACUAAGUUGAUUACAUUGAUCACAGAAGGACAUGUACCCACUGUUAAUUUGAGAAGGGAAGACCAAUUUAGCCCUCGAAGAUUUUGAGAAAGUGUGUGUGUGGAGCAGUGCAGAAAUGCUCCAAGGUAACCCAAUAACUCAAUUAUUUUGAUAGGUAUUGCUUAAGUUGUAGGAGGUGGAAGAUUAUAUGCAAUUUAUCAAAAGUCAUUGUGUCAGUACUAAGCACUGAACAGGGAUUUGCAGGAACUGUGAUUCAAGAUCAUGUUUAAGUUGAAAUGGAAAAUUAGGAAUCACAUGCUCAGUUCACAGCUGUAAGCUGUUGUUUGAUUUUCACAUUUAUUCCAUAAAGCUCACUUUUUAUUUUUAUGGACUAAUUUUUUUUUUAUUUAUUUUAUUUUUUUUGCUAUGUAGCAUUUGAAUAAUAAGAUGCUGUAACCCUUCAAGCACAGACUCAACCCGGGGACUUGCUUAUUUGGAUGUUAACUGACUUGAGUUUGGAUACGUGUAGCAAAUUGGAGUAAAAUUUACCAUCCUUCACUGGUGCAGUUACUCUACAACUCUACCAUGCAAAUGAGAUAGGACAUCAUUAAAUGAAUAUCAUGCUUGUAAAUAACUCAUCUUUCAUUUGGUCUAACCUAAGGAUGUUACUAAAUUUUUGUUGCAGUUUCUGGAGUAAUAGUUGUUUUAAGUAUUGACAAAUUAUGAGUAAAAGUUGUCAGGCCAAUUCCUCUAUAGACAGUUGUUCUGUGUGUGACUGAACAAUAUUCAUUGUAAAUGCUAUUAAGGAAAUCCCUCUUUCUUAUGGUUAUUAAAAUGUUGUAAGUAAUAUUGAUUUUCCUUUCCUUUUAUUUGAUGAAGACAUAUUUUAUAAAGGUUAGAAGAGGCAUGGAUCUUGUAUAGCUCACUGUGAUUACACCUUUGUUCAUUUUCUCUUCAUUUCUUGCAUUCACUGUAUUACAAUCAAUUUGUGUAAUGUCUCAAUUCAGUUGUUAAGCAUGGAACGAAGAAAGACAGGUGGUCAUUCCGCAAGAGAAAUGCAUCAUUUAGGGGUAUAUAUAUCGUCUUACGAGUUGUUUUAAGAGGAAAGGCGAAGUUUCCGAUGUGUGUUGAAGAUACAAGUUAUGAAUUCCACAAAGAUUGUCAUUUACAGAGAUGUUACCUUUGAAUAUUGAAAAAUAAAUGAAUAAAAACAAACCAAUA